AUGAACCCUGACUUGCAAGGGCUCAAGGCGUCGGAGCCACACAGCGGCUGGCGGCAGGAGGAUGGCCCUGCGGUCCACCACACACCCUCCAGCCUCCGCAAGUGCUCCAGCGGCCAGCGGAAACGGCGGGCCACAGGGGAUGCUGGAGCGGGCGAGGGAGGGAAGAUUGUCGAGCGGAGGAGAUCGGGUUCAGGCAACGGGAGAGAGGGGGGCGGAGGGAGAACGCAUGAGGGCGAGGGCGAGGGCAGGGGUGGGGGAAGGGGGCGGGGCAAGGCGCAGAAGACAUGGGUGGACGAGUUUGAGCUGGAGGAUAUCCCCGUGGUGCGCAAGGUAACCCGCAUGCUGGAUGGCGGCGCUGCUGCGCGGCACGUGCUGGAUGGCGUGGUGGACCGCUGCGCGCAGAUGCUCAACAUCCGUGAAGCCAUCCUCAGCUACCGCCGCGCCUUCAACAUGCAGGACGCGGAUGCGCGCACGAGGCAGAGUGCUCUGAGCCGCGGUGCGGAGUUCCUGGAGCGCUACGUCAUGCUCAUCGCCUUCGCCUCCUACCUCUCCUCGCCUCUCUUCCGCCCCGCCGCCCCCUCCCUCUGGCCGCGCUCCUCCUCCUCCUCCUCUUCCUCUCUGCCCUCCAUCCCCCCCUCCUCCUCACACACCGCCCUGCCCCGCCUCUGCCCCUCGCUGCCUGCUGCCACCAGCUCCUCUCUCACCGCUGCCACUGGUGAGGCUGCACGCUCAGAUGCAGGGGAGGAUGGUGCAGAGAAAGAGAGAGCAGAAGAGCAAGGUGGGGGGCGGAGUGAGCCAAAGCAGGCCAAGGUUAAUGGAGAAGGAGAGGGGGAAGUGGAGGCGGUGAGCUUCAAGGCGUGGCUGAAGCGGCGGCCGGAGAUCCGGCAGAUGAAGUGGGGCCUGCGCUUGCGCCCUGCCCGCCUCUUCACCAUUCCGGAGGUGGGCGUGCGGCUGCGAGACAGCGAUGCGAGCGCCAGCGGGGCAGCGGGGGCGGGGGAGGAGAGGGAGGCGGAGGAUGCAGUGUUGCGGGCGCGGCGAGGGGCAGUGCUGGGGCGCGGGUCCAUCCUGAAGCUCUCUCUCUUCCCCGGGCUGCAGCCGUCCGCGCUCAACUACUCCAUCCAGAUCCCCCACGUCCCCAACUACUUCGAGGCCCCAGGGUAUCCAGUGCACAGCAUGGCAACACCCACGGUUCAGGGCGCACAGGCCGUGCUCGCCCACCUGGGCGCCGUGCCACAGCCCAAGCCACCACCCUCCACAACACCAGCCGACGGCACCGCUGGUGGCGAGGGCGAGACUGGGAGGGGGAGCGGGGAGCGGGAUGCAAAUGGGGAGGGGGAAGGGGGAGGGGAGGCGGAUGGGAAGGCGGAAAAGAGGGAAGGGGCGGAGGUGGAUGGAAAGGGGGGGCCGAGGGGGGAAGCGGAGGUGGUGAUAGUGGACCUGCGCGAGGAGGCGGUGGUGUACGUGCAUGGCAAGCCCUUUGUGCUGCGCGACGGUGACCAGCCCGCUGCUGCCCUCAAGCACGUGGGCAUCGCCGGUGGUGCUGUGGUGGCCAUGGAGGAGCGGCUCAAGGCAGACAUCCUGCAGGAGGCUGCUCGGUGCGGCGGCAUGGUGCUGCUGCACAAAGAGAGGCCCAGAGAGGGGCACGUGCUGCAGGGCGGGAGCAAGGGUGUGGACGCGGGUGGCAGUGAGAAUGCGGUUGAUGGAACUGCUUCUGCUGCUGGGGGAAGUGGCGGUGUGGAGAGUGGCUCUGCUCCUGCCGUUGCUGCUGGUGUCACGGUCAGUGGUGCCACUGCUGCAGAUGGCGCUGCAGAUGGCGCUGUUGCUGCUUUGCCUUCUGCUGCUGCAGAUGACAGCACUGGUGCACAGCACACGGCAGGCAGCACAGCUGCUGACCCGCCUGCAUCAGGUGCCGCUGUGCCGGUGGGCCCCACGGAGAUCAUCGGCGUGUGGCGUGCGGUGGGGCCGGAUGACGUGAAGACGCCAGCACAGGUGUACGGCGAGCUGAGGGAGCAGCAAGGGUACCUCGUGGACUACCGGCGCAUCCCCCUCACGCGGGAGAGAGUCCCCGUGGCCUCCGAUGUCGAUGCGCUGCAGCUCUACAUUCAACGUCGCCUCCUUCAUUCCUUUCUCGACCCCUCCCUGCUCCCCACACUGUUCCCCACAACUCCCUGUCACCCUCAUCUCACCGGCCCGCAUCCCACCCACCUCACGCGGUCCACCACCCUGCACCCCACCACACUGCACCCCACCACACUGCACCCCACCACCCUGCACCCCGCCACCAUGCACCCCACCGCUCUGCACCCCACCACCCCGCACCCCGCCACCAUGCACCCCACCGCUCUGCACCCCACCACCCUGCACCCCACCAGCCGAGGCCCCAACGUGAAGUUCCUGUUUGUGUCGCACACGGGCUACGGCGCGAUUGCAUACGCCAUGGCCCUCACGUGCCUGCACCUGCAGGCCACCACUCUCCCCUCGCCUGCUCCCCACGCCCCCUCUGCCGCCCCCUCAUCACCCACCGCUGCUGCCACAUCACCCACCACCCUCGCCAAGCCUGCUGCUACUUCAUCCAUUCCGGUCCCCAAGGCUGGCGGCGGUGGGGGGGGGAAGGGGGAGUAUCGAAACGUGCUGCAGCUGGAGCGGGUGCUGGUGAAGGGGCCGCACUGCAAGCGACUUGUGGAUGCCGUCGCUCACAGGCUGCUGGCGGUGGGGCGGAUAGUGGAGGACGCGGGGGAGUACAGGAGGGCGGUGGAGGCGGUGCAGGGGGACAACACGGUGGAUCGCGACAGGCGGGCGGCACUCACUGACAUGGGCCUCAAGGCGCUCAGGCGCUACUGUUACCUCAUAGUCUACCGUUCCUACCUCUUCUCCAGGGCAUCUGCCAGCGGUGCUGUCAGCAGCAAGGGCAAGGCAGUGGUGGAGGCAGGGGGGGGCAAGGGAGGAGCAGGGGGCAGUGGGGAGUCGUUUGGCGCGUGGGUGGCGCAGCGGCCGGAAAUAGAGCACAUGCUACAGCACCUGGUGCUGGAGUGA